AUGGACUGUAAAAUGGAGAAAAGCAAAAUACAAAUGCUAUAUGAUGCCUGUAAUUAUGUAUUUUCCCAGGAAGAGCUUCCAAAUUUCCAACAAAUUCAAUGGCUCAAAAACAUCUUAAAUACGUUUGAAGCUGUGGAUGUUGGCAUAGAUGAAUUUAGGUCGGAUGGAUCUCCAGGUUCAGGCGAGGUCAUGAACAGCAAUGGGUUGAUUUCUGGGCAAGGAGUUUCUGAAAUAACUUACAUUCACAUCUAUGAAUGUGACCAAUUUUCAAUGGGAAUUUUUUGCUUUCCAGCUGGGAGGGCAUUUCCUCUACAUGAUCACCCCGGGAUGACGGUUCUAAGCAAACUUCUUUAUGGUUCAGUUUACAUCAAAGCCUACGAUUGGGUUCGUGGGGAGACUUGUAGCCCCAGAACAAAUGGAUUAGCAGGCACAGCAAUAGAUGGCAUCUUCAAUGCACCAUGUGAACCAUCGGUCUUGUUCCCAAGGAGCGGUGGAAACAUCCACUCAUUCACGGCCUUGACCCCUUGUGCUAUCUUGGAUGUCUUAUCUCCGCCCUACUCCGAUGACUUGGGCAGGCCCUCCACCUACUUCUUAGACUUCCCCGUCCCUUCUCUUCCUGGUUAUGCUUGGCUUGAGGAAAGAGAAGUAAAACUGCCAUGUGACUUGGUUGUUAAGGGGGCACCUUACCUUGGUCCUCCACUUGAUGUUCCAGAUGAUGAUCUUUGCUAACUGGACCUACAAGAAUUCUCAAUAUAUGUAUAUCUGUAACCUUUUUGUUUAGUAUUGUAAAAGAAGUAUACAUGUACAACAUACCCCAGCAUCUCAUAAUGGGCGAACCCAUCUAACUGAAAAAUCACCUAUUGCAGUUCCCAUUUUCGCCUCCAGCUUC